CCGGCACUUCGGGGCCGCGGCCUUCCCGGGAGAGCGGGAGCAGGGCGACCACCUGUGCGCGGUUCCCCGCGGGGAAGGCCGCCCGCCCGCCUCUGUCCCCAACGCGGCCGUCGCUGCGGAGGCCGAGCCGUCCCGCGCCGCCGAGCGUCCCUGCCAUGAAGCCCAACUUCUCCCUGCGACUGAGGGUCUUUAACCUCAACUGCUGGGGCAUUCCCUACCUGAGCAAGCACCGGGCCGACCGCGUUAAGCGCCUGGGAGACUUUCUGAACAGGGAGAGCUUCGACCUAGCUCUCCUGGAGGAGGUGUGGAGCGAGCAGGACUUCCAGUACCUGAGGCAGAAGCUGCUCCCCACCUACCCAGCAGCACACUACUUCAGGAGUGGCAUCAUUGGCAGUGGUCUCUGUGUCUUCUCCAAACACCCAAUCCAGGAAUUCACCCAGCACGUCUUCACCCUCAAUGGCUACCCCUACAUGAUCCACCACGGCGACUGGUUCUGUGGGAAGGCCGUGGGGCUGCUGGUGCUCCGUCUGGGUGGAUUGGUGCUCAACGCCUACGUGACCCAUCUCCAUGCCGAGUACAAUCGACAGAAGGACAUCUACCUAGCACAUCGUGUGGCCCAAGCUUGGGAACUGGCCCAGUUCAUCCACCACACGUCCAAGAAAGCUGAUGUGGUUCUAUUGUGUGGGGACCUCAACUUGCACCCAAAGGACCUGGGCUGCCGCCUGCUGAAGGAGUGGACGGGACUGCAGGAUGCCUAUCUGGAGACUCGGGACUUCAAGGGUCCUGAAGAAGGCUGUACGAUGGUACCGCAGAACUGCUACGUCAACCGGCAGGAGCUAGAGCAGUUCCCCUUGGGUAUCCGCAUCGACUACGUGCUUUAUAAGGCGGUGUCUGGGCUAUACAUCUCCUGUAAGACUCUCAGAACUACUACAGGCCACGAGCCUCACAGCGGCAGCCCCCUCUCCGAUCAUGAGGCGCUGAUGGCUACUCUGUGUGUGAGACACAGCCCCCCCCAGCACAACCCCAGCCCUACCCAUGGACCAGCAGAGAGGUCUCCGCUGAUCAGUGUGCUAAGGGAGGCCUGGACAGAACUGGACCAGGGCAUGGCUCAAGGUCGUUGGUGGGCCACCAUCGCUGGCUACGUGAUUGGUCUAGGGCUUCUUCUCCUGGCGUUGCUGUGUGCCCUGGCGGCUAGAGGAGAGAUCAGGGAAGUUGCUGUACUGCUCUGGACCCCCAGUGUAGGACUGGUGCUGGCGGCGGGUGCAUUCUAUCUCUUCCACGUGCAGGAGGCCAAGGGCUUGUGUCGGGCCCGAGCCGAGCUCCAGCAUGUGCUGGGAAGGGCAAGGGAGGCCCAGGACCUGGGCCCAGAGUCCCAGCCAGCCGGGCUCCUGGGGCAGCAGGAGGGAGACAGAGCAGAGGAACAAUAAAGCUUAACACUUUGG